GGUCCGAAAUGCAGUUCUUUGGGUUUCCGUGCCUCGUGAUCUCACCCGACGCUCGACCCUAGCUGUGACCAUUGUGAAAGAUGAUUACACUAAUCGCGAUCUGUUUGCUAGCCUCGACGAUCAUCAAUUUGAGUAUAUGAAGGUGGAUAGCAGUAAAAUAGAGUCAAUACAUUGGGCAGAUGCGUUGAAAUGGGCACAAGAGACACUUAUAUGCAAGGAUAUCUUCAACACUUUAUGCUCCGAUGCUGUACAAUUGAGAAAUCGUUUAUCAACAGUUCGUGACGGUGUGCUUCUUGUCAGGCUAUAUAAUGAAUAUCUUUUGCGGGUGGAGUUGAAAUAUCAUCCUUUCAAAGAGGGCGAACUUGCUGAGGAAGGAUGUCCUUACCUUAACAGAUCUCUGAGGGAAAUGAUGGUCGCGCAAGAAUGUACACGAUGGGUCCGUCCGCAAACGUUUGUGUCGCUGCCGUUGACAACCCUUAGUGAAGCUCUCGAUGCACGUGGUCCAAGAGCAUUUACUGCACGAGAGAUAGAAAGCAGAGCUUAUAAGCCUCAGUUCUUGUUGGAGAAACUGAUCACAGUGGCAUCCCACUAUUCUUUGGUGAAGAUGGCUCGUGAAACGUUGGAGGAAUUUAUGAGCGCGACUCGCGAUCCUCAGAUGCACUGGCGGUGGCUUCGCUGUUCUCCGAUCAGUUCGCAGUUUAUGGUGAUAAUGACAAAUCGAAAUUUCGAUUACGUCGUUGGAAAAGUGACCUAUUACAUCCGAGUGACAGCCGAUGCUAUCAGUUUGAUCUCAAAAGACGGGCACAAUAUGGACUGUUACCGGGAUCCUCAUCAAUUGAUGUAUGCCCUCAAAUAC